CCACUCGUGGCUGCUGUGGGGGGAAGGGGACACCGGAGGGACUCUCAUUGAGUUGAGUGCCGCUGCUGUUGAGUUUAGGAGCCAAAGGAUCAGAAUGGAGUCCCGGAUCAGACACAACUUCCACCAGGACUGUGAGGCCGGCCUCAACCGCGUGGUGAACCUGAAGUAUCACAGCUCCUACCUCUACCUGUCCAUGGCAUAUUAUUUUGACCGCGAUGAUGUCGCACUCGCCAAUUUUUCAAAGUUCUUCCGGGAACGAUCUGAGGAGGAAAAAGAACACGCAGAAAAACUGAUCAAGUACCAGAAUCAAAGAGGGGGUCGUCUCUUCCUACAGAGCGUUGAGAAACCGGAGCGGGACGAUUGGACCAACGGAUUGGAAGCUCUUCAGACUGCCCUAAAGCUCGAGAAAACUGUGAAUCAGGCCAUGCUGGACCUACACGGCUUGGCCGGGGAUAAGAAUGACCCACACAUGUGUGAUUUUCUGGAGUCCCCAUUUUUAUCCGAUAGCUCAGAAACUGUGAAGAAGCUUGGAGACCACAUCACAAGCCUUAAGAAACUCUGGGCAAGCCACCCCGGGAUGGCCGAAUACCUCUUCAAUAAGCAUACGCUUGGCUGAAGUCCCCUCCCGGCAGCGAUUCCUCCGACACAAACGCCAAAACUAAGCAUCUCAUUUUUUAAAAUUUUAAUACGUUUCUAAGUAAAACAUUUUUGCAAUAAAAAGAUGCUUUUGGGA